AUGUUUCUCCGGCCUGUCUCGUCCACAUAUAUCUUCCUUCACACUGCUCCUCGUAAUAAGCUCAAGUCCAGAAAUGUCCUUCGUACACUCUGUGAGGUCAGAAGAAGAGGUUUCCGAACUAGUUGUGCUGCUGUCUCUGUUUCACUAUCCGACGAUGAGUCCUUCCAAGAGAUUGAAACGAUUAGAAAAGGAAUUGAUUCUAUGAAUGUGAUUGAGAGCCGUGGAAUUCGACCAAAUCACCAGACUUUUACAUGGCUUAUAGAGGGAUGUUUGAAGAAAAACGGGUCUUUACAUGAAGGAAGAAAGCUACACGCCCAGAUUUUGAAGUUGGGUUUUGUUGAUAAUAACAAUGGUUGCCUCUCUGAAAAGCUUCUUGAUUUCUAUCUGUUCAAAGGAGACUUAGAUAGUGCUUUCAAACUGUUCGACGAAAUGCCUGAGAGAACGUUUUCUACUUGGAAUAAGAUGAUAAAGGAGCUAACUUUGAGAAAUUUGACUAGCAAAGCGUUAGAUCUCGUUUCGAGAAUGGUUAAUGAAAAUGUUCCUCUUGACGAAGGCACGUUCACAGGGAUUUUGGAAGCAUGUCGUAGUGGUAAUGUUGGUUUUGAUGUUGUUGAGCAGAUUCAUGCAAGGAUGAUAUAUCAAGGUCUUGGGAGUAGAACAGUCGUGUGUAAUCCUCUGAUUGAUCUGUACUCUAGAAACGGGUUUGUGGAUCUAGCUAGGAAGGUUUUCGAUGGGUUAGGCAUGAAGGAUCACAGCUCUUGGGUUGCGAUGAUAUCAGGACUUUCGAAAAACGGAUGUGAAGAAGACGCCAUUAGACUGUUCUGCGAGAUGUAUGUCUCACGUGUCAUGCCAACACCUUACGCGUUCUCGAGUGUUUUAAGUGCGUGCAAGAAGAUAGAGUCUCUUGACAUCGGAGAGCAACUUCAUAGUCUUGUUCUGAAGUUAGGAUUUUCCUCUGACACUUACGUCUGCAAUGCGCUUGUUUCCUUGUAUUUCCAUUUGGGGAGUUUGAUAUCAGCGGAGCACAUCUUCAGCAACAUGUCGCAUAGAGACGCGGUUACUUACAACACGCUCAUCAACGGGCUUUCUCAGUCCGGUUACGGUGAGAAAGCUAUGGGAUUGUUCAAAAGGAUGCAGCUUGAUGGACUUGAACCAGACGCUAAUACUCUCGCAAGCCUUGUGGCUGCAUGUUCAGCUGAUGGAACUCUCUUUACGGGACAACAGCUACAUGGAUACACAACUAAGCUAGGCUUUGCUUCGAACGAUAAGAUUGAAGGUGCGCUUCUUAACCUGUAUGCGAAAUGCUCUGAUAUUGAAACGGCUCUUGAUUAUUUUCUUGAGACUGAGGUUGAAAAUGUAGUUAAGUGGAAUGUUAUGCUAGUUGCUUAUGGGCUGUUAGAUGAUUUAAGAAACUCUUUUAGGAUCUUUCGACAGAUGCAGAUGGAGGAGAUUGUUCCUAAUCAGUAUACAUACCCGAGUAUUUUGAAAACUUGCAUUCGUCUUGGAGAUCUUGAGCUUGGAGAACAAAUCCAUUGUCAGAUAGUGAAAACUAGCUUUCAGCAUAAUGCCUAUGUUUGUAGCGUGCUCAUAGAUAUGUACUCAAAGCUAGGGAAGUUAGAUACCGCCAGAGAUAUUCUUGUGAGGUUUGCUGGGAAAGAUGUUGUGUCUUGGACGACAAUGAUUGCAGGUUACACGCAGUACAACUUCAACGACAAAGCUUUGGCGACUUUUAGGGAGAUGUUGGAUCUCGGGAUCCGGUCUGAUGAAGUUGGAUUGACAAAUGCAAUCAGUGCAUGUGCUGGUCUUCAGUCGCUAAAGGAAGGAGAGCAGAUUCAUACUCAAUCUUGUGUAUCUGGUUUCUCAUCUGACCUGCCACUACAAAAUGCAAUUGUUACACUUUAUUCUAGAUGUGGGAAAGUAGAGGAAGCUUAUUUAGCGUUUGAACAAACUGAAGCUGGAGAUAAUAUUGCAUGGAACGCUCUGGUAUCUGGAUUUCAGCAGAGUGGAAACAAUGAGGAAGCACUUCGUGUCUUUGCUCGAAUGAACAGAGAAGGAAUUGAGAGUAAUAACUUCACGUUUGGGUCUGCUGUGAAAGCUGCUUCUGAGACAGCAAACAUGAAACAAGGGAAGCAAGUCCAUGCAGUGAUCACCAAAACCGGAUAUGAUUCGGAAACCGAGGUUUGUAAUGCUUUGAUCUCUAUGUACGCCAAGUGUGGAAUCAUAUCUGAUGCAAAGAAGCAGUUCUUUGAACUCUCCAUGAAGAAUGAAGUUUCUUGGAAUGCGAUAAUCAAUGCUUAUUCUAAACACGGGUUUGGUUCUGAAGCAUUAGAUCUUUUCGACGAGAUGAUACAUUCUAAUGUAAGGCCUAAUCAUGUGACGCUAGUGGGAGUUUUAUCAGCAUGUAGCCACAUAGGACUUGUGGAGAAAGGGAUUGAAUACUUUGAAUCCAUGAACACGAGAUAUGGAUUAGCUCCUAAGCCGGAACACUAUGUCUGUGUAGUGGAUAUGUUAACACGAGCUGGUCUUUUGAGCCGUGCGAGAGAGUUUAUCCAGGAGUUGCCUGUAGAGCCAGAUGCCUUAGUCUGGAGAACGCUUUUGAGUGCUUGUGUGGUGCACAAGAACUUGGAGAUAGGAGAGUUUGCUGCGCAUCAUCUCGUGGAGUUAGAGCCUGAAGACUCAGCAACAUAUGUGCUUCUGUCAAAUCUCUACGCAGUGUGCAGGAAGUGGGAAGCUAGAGAUCGAACAAGACAAAAGAUGAAAGAAAAAGGAGUGAAGAAAGAACCUGGACAAAGCUGGAUUGAGGUUAAGAACUCAAUUCACUCUUUCUACGUUGGUGACCAGAAUCAUCCGUUGUCGGAUGAAAUACAUGAACACUUUCAAGAUCUUACCAGACGAGUGUCCGAGAUCGGGUAUGUGCAAGACUGUUUCAGCCUCCUGAAUGAAGCGCAGCAAGAGCAGAAAGAUCCGAUGAUUUUCAUUCACAGCGAGAAGCUAGCGAUUUCGUUUGGACUUCUUAGCUUGCCUGGAACAAUGCCUGUAAAUGUGAUGAAGAACCUACGAGUUUGCAACGAUUGUCAUGACUGGAUUAAGUUUGUUUCCAAGGUAUCGAAUCGAGAAAUCAUAGUGAGGGAUGCGUAUAGGUUUCAUCAUUUCGAAGGAGGUUCUUGUUCAUGUAAAGAUUACUGGUGA